AUGACAGAACAGAUCAAGGAGGAGCACAAGACAUCUGGGAUUUCAGACCCAUCAGUUUACUUGGGGGUGCUUAUAAGUUGUUGGCCAAAGUUUUUGGCUAUUCGUUUGAAAAAGAUGGUUGGAAAGGUGGUUUUAGAGACUCAAAAUGCUUUUGUUGAAGGUAAGCAAAUUCUUGAUGCGGUUUUGGUUGCAAAUGAGUGUGUGGACUCACGAUUGAAGAGUGGUAUCCCGGGUAUCAUAUGCAAGCUGGACAUAGAGAAGGCUUAUGAUCGUGUCAAUUGGAACUUUCUUCUCUACAUUAUGCAUCGGAUGGGUUUUGGGGAGUAG